CGUCGUGCUCGUGUGAGUCUGCGACCCCGCUCUACUCUUCGUAGCUCUCGUCCUCACGCUAACUAUAAAUACUCGCCCUUCCAUUUGUCUUUGCCACUCUCUCUCUCUCUGUCUCCAUAUUUCUCAGGACACGUCUUCGUUUUCCUCCUUUCUUCAUCCCAGACUGCGAAUCAAAGAGCUCAAAAGUCUGGCUUUUGGAUCACGUAAAGGCCCGGAUCUUGCCUUUCCAGCAAGCAUUGCAGCUUCUUCAAUGCCGCAUUUUUUGCUUUUUGUUUGCCUCUCUCUCUCGGUUCUCCUGUUGUUCUGAUUUUAGAUCCUUAAGGGUUGUCUUCACCAUCUCAAUCAUGUGGAGGUUCAAACAGUUUAUGCCAAGGGAACAUACUGGGCUGGAAGGCCGUGCUAUUGAUGUUGGCAACAUAAAGGUUCAAAUCCGGAAUGCAAUUGCAGAAGGUGGAUUCUCUUGUGUUUACCUUGCUCGUGAUGCCAUUCAUUCUUCAAAGCAGUACGCAUUGAAGCACAUUAUAUGUAAUGAUGACGAAUCUAUUGAGCUGGUGAUGAAGGAGAUCUCGGUGAUGAAAUCACUCAGAGGACAUCCAAAUGUUGUUGCACUUCUGGCUCAUACUAUUUUAGAUAUGGGCCGCACAAAAGAAGCAUUCCUUGUUAUGGAGUUCUGUGAAAAGUCUCUGGUUAAUGUAUUGGAGAGCAGAGGAGGUGGAUAUUUUGAGGAGAAACAGAUUUUUUCCAUUUUCAGAGAUGUGUGCAAUGCUGUAUUUGCAAUGCACUGCCAAACCCCACCCAUUGCUCAUAGAGACUUAAAAGCUGAGAAUCUUCUUUUGGGGCCCAAUGGCAUGUGGAAGUUAUGUGAUUUUGGCAGCACGUCAACCAAUCAUAAGCGCUUUGAAAGGCCUGAAGAAAUGGGCAUUGAAGAAGACAAUAUAAGAAAGUACACGACACCUGCCUACAGAGCUCCUGAGAUGUGGGAUUUGUUCCGAAGAGAACUCAUAAAUGAGAAAGUAGACAUUUGGGCUCUUGGGUGCCUCCUUUACCGGAUCUGUUAUUUCAAAUUUGCAUUCGAUGGUGAAUCAAAGCUCCAAAUUUUAAAUGGAAAUUACCGCAUUCCAGAUUUACCAAAGUAUAGCUCGUCCAUCACAGGCCUGAUCGAAGACAUGCUUCAAUCUUCUCCAGAUGCCAGACCCGACAUCACGCAGGUUUGGUUUCGUGUUAACCAGCAGUUACCUGUAGAGUUGCAGAAAUCAUUACCAGACAGACCACCUAGCAUGCAUCAACCAACUGUUGCCAACCAUGGUGAGGUAGGGAUUUCAAAUACUACAAACACAAACAGGGUUCCUGCAAUGCCUCGGAGGAGUCCUCCACCCCCUCCUUCAUCCAGAGAACAGGUUCAGAAUGUAUCACCACUAUCCGGUUUAUCCCUCAGUUCCACAGCAAGUGGAGGUGGGUCUUCAUUAGGGUCAUUCUGGACCACUCAGCACGCAAAGGAUUCACAUGUUUCUGCGAACAGGAGUAAACCGACCAUUCAUGUAGAAUCAAAUAUUCAAAGAACAAUGAGUCAUGGCCGACAGAAUCCAGAUAAACUUCAUCAUGCUGAGAAUUUUAGCCCUGCAAAAGUGCAGAACAUCCGCACCUGCUCUGUCAGGAAUCCACGUGGAGUCUCCCUCAAGAGGUUUGAUGAUGUCCCUUCCAAGGACUUUGAAAUAAGAUUUUUCUCGGAAGAUACAGGCCAUGAGCCCAAAACAACAAAAGUAUCAAAUUCCAGUAAUGUAAUUACCUUCCAAGAUGAGGCAUUCAACACUUUUGUUGCUGAAUUUGAUACCAAUAAACUUGACUUGGGAAAUAGUGGUAAUAAGAAUAAGAAGAAACCAGGGAAGGAAGAAGCAUUUGAGGCUGAAGUUGAUAGGCUGAAGGAGCAGUUAAAGCAAGCUAACACAGAAAAGGCUGAAAUAAAAUCCAAAUAUGAAAAGCUUUCUGCCAUUUGCCGUUCUCAGCAACAUGAGAUUCAGGAGCUAAGGCAAGCUCUGGCUGCUAAAACUGUACCAAAUAAAGAAGCCUCGAAGAAUCAAAAUUCUUUUGGAAACUGCCAGUCUAGCAAUCCUCCACAAAGGGAGAAGAUCGAAGGAACAGUGCGGGAACUCCAGCAAGGGAUUCUUGCCAGCAGUUCUCCUAUCCCAGACUCAAAGCCAUGGCGGGCAUUCUUUGAUGAAACCAAACCGCAAACUCCGCCAAAGAGUAGCAGUCCCAGAUCGGUUCGGACAACAAAUGGCCACCAGAAUAAACAAGCACCUAGUGGGCGACAUGGUCCCGAGACAUGGAAUUUUGAACCAAAUAGUUUCAAGGAAUUUCCCUCCAGUACUCAGGUAACACAAUAUGGUCAAGUGCUCAAUUUUCAGCUCGUUGCUGACUCAAAGAGCGUGGAAAGGAAGCAAGCUUCUCUGCCUGCUGGAUGGGCUGGUUUCUAACUCCAAAGUAUUUAUUUAUUGGAAAGUCAGCAAGCAGGUGUUGAUCAUUAUUUUAUUCGCGCUUUCACUAUGGUUAGAUGGGCUAUCAGAUUGUUUUCCAUGUUGGUUCUUUCAGUUUCAGGGGGGUAAAGAAUGAAAGAAUGCAAUGUAUGGGUAUCCGAAUUGUUGUUUUGUUUUUUGUGCUCUCUGGUACCGGUCCUAUGAGUACUGGAAAAGGAAAAGGAAGAACACAAACACAAAUGUACUCGGGUAUCUCAGGGCCAUCACCGGACGACAGAUGUAUAGUUUUUGCAUCAUAUUUAGUGGACAAAUAAAAACAAAAAAGAUGGUCUAUAUUA